AUGACGCAGUUCACAUACAGCAGACUGUCGCAUUUCCUUCGGUUGUCGCUGAAUAAAGCUUCGGUUUUACGCGCGGGGAGUGAGUUCAACCGCAGCCCCGGGAGCUGUGUAGUGGCGAGGCGAUGGCAGAGCUCGGUAGACGGAACGAGCCUCCAGGAGAGACAGAGGCAGCAUAUGGCCCGCGGUCUCCCCAAACAGAAGCCCAUCCCUGGGGUCAAACAGGUUAUCGUUGUCGCCUCAGGAAAAGGAGGAGUGGGCAAGUCCACCACCGCAGUGAACCUGGCGCUGGCUCUUUCUGCUAAUGAUACGUCUAUAUCCGUGGGUUUGUUGGACGCAGACGUGUAUGGCCCAUCCAUCCCCAAACUGAUGAAUCUGAAAGGGAACCCAGAGCUCACAGACAACAACCUCAUGGUGCCUCUGCUGAACUACGGCGUCCCAUGCAUGUCCAUGGGGUUCCUAGUGGAUGACGCGGCCCCCAUCGUGUGGAGAGGCCUCAUGGUGAUGUCUGCUAUUGAGAAAAUGCUCAGACAGGUGGACUGGGGGGAGCUGGACUACCUGGUGGUUGACAUGCCUCCAGGGACAGGAGACGUUCAGCUGUCCAUCUCACAGAACGUGCCCAUAGCAGGAGCCGUGAUCGUAUCCACGCCGCAGGACAUCGCGCUGCUGGACGCUCGCAGAGGAGCAGAGAUGUUCCACAAAGUCCAUGUCCCGGUGCUCGGCCUGCUGCAGAACAUGAGUGUGUUCCAGUGUCCACACUGUCUUCAUCAAACUCACAUCUUUGGAGCAAACGGAGCCAGAGACCUGGCCCAGUCUCUGGGACUGUACUUUUUGGGUGAUGUCCCUCUGCACCUGAGCAUCAGAGAGACUUCAGACAGUGGGAAACCUGUGGUGGUGUCAGCCCCAGACAGUCCAGAGGCUGCUGGGUACCGAGCUCUGGCUGCUGCUGUGAAGGCGUUCGACCGUGUUCUCCGGGAGUACGGGGUCCGGGGUCCUCUGCUGAGGGCCGUUCGGUCCCUGUAUGACCGGAGCCAGAGCUGUGUUCGCAUUGCCGGCAAUAAGUCAGACCUGUUCCCGGUGCAUGUUGGCCUCCGCCAGGGCUGCCCUUUGUCACCGGUUCUGUUCACUGUAUUCAUGGACAGAAUUUCUAGGCGCAGCCAGGGGCCGGAGGGGGUCCGGUUCGGGGACCACAGGAUUUCAUCUCUGCUGUUUGCGGACGAUGUUGUCCUGUUGGCUCCAACGAACCAGGACCUACAACAUGCACUGGGACGGUUUGCAGCCGAGUGUGAAGCGGCCGGGAUGAGAAUCAGCACCUCCAAAUCCGAGGCCAUGGUGCUCGACCGGAAAAAGGUGCCUUGCCCUCUACAGGUGGGUGGAGAAGUCCUUCCUCAAGUGGAGGAGUUCAAGUAUCUCGGGGUCUUGUUCACGAGUGGGGGAAGGAUGGAGCGUGAGAUUGACAGGCGGAUCGGUGCAGCGUGCGCAGUGAUGCGGUCGCUGUAUCGGACCGUUGUGAAUGAGAUCGCGGAUACAAGCGGUCGAAAUCAGCUUCCUCCGCAGAGUGGCUGGGCGCUCCCUUAG